AUGAGUAUCACCUUGCAAGAUAUAGAGGUAAUGCUGGGGAUUCUGGUGAAUGGGUUGCCUGUCACUGGGAAGACAAACAUGAAAUGGGGCGAGGUGUGCCGAGAUUUGUUGGGCCAUGAACCUCCGCCCAUGAUAUCGAACUCAAACAGGUCUAUCCUUGCUGGGGCGAGGAUAAGAUACAAGUGGCUUGAUGCACGGUUUGCUGCUCCCCCAGCUGCGGACACCAGUGAUGAAGUAGUGCAGCAACAUGCCAACUACCACUUACUUGUUUGGAUGGGGGCCCUGUUGUUCUUGGACAAGUCGGCGGACCGGGUCUCACUCUUGCCUCUUCAGUUCCUUAACCCAAUCAACAAUGCGAGACAGUAUAGCUGGGGUAGUGCAGUAUUGGCCUGGCUCUACAGGCACCUUUGUAGUGCAUCGAAGAAGGAUGCGAUGCAAAUUGAAGGAGCACUAUUGUUGGUGUAG